AUGUGCCAAACCAAACGUGACUAAUUAUUCAAUUCGUUGUCUAUCAUUAUUCGUCGGCCAAAGUGAUUUCAAAUAAUUGUGACCAAGCAAAUAACUCUCCUUUUUUGCUAUAAAUAUAACCCAUCUUUUGAUGAGAAAAUCACCAUAUACAAGGACAGAGAGGUUUUCUAAUCUAAUAACCUUAGCUAUAAGAAAAAAAAUCAAUGGCCAAUCCAAAGUCUGUGCUUCCUUUGUAUGAAAAAAAUUGGUACAAAUACAAUUACAAAAGAGUGUUCGAUAGCAUAAUUUUAAUCCUUCUUUUGUUGCUGCUUGGUUACCGUCUUAUAUCUGUCAACGACUACUCUCUUCCUUGGUUUGUUGCUUUCCUGUGUGAAUGUUGGUUCACCUUAGGUUGGAUUUUCACCAUGUCCACUCAAUGGUCUCCUGCUCUUGUCAAAACCUACCCUGAACGUCUCCUCCAAAGUGUAGAGGAACUUCCAGCAGUGGAUAUUUUUGUGACAACCGCAGACGACAAAUUAGAACCACCAAUCAUCACAGUAAACACAGUGUUAUCAGUAUUAUCACUCGAUUACCCAUCUCACAAACUAUCUUGUUACGUUUCCGAUGAUGCUUGUUCUCCUCUAAUCUUCUACGCUCUUCAACAAGCUUCCAGUUUCGCAAAACAUUGGGUCCCUUUUUGUAAGAAGUACAACGUACAAACUCGAGCUCCAUUUAGAUACUUCAGUGAUGACAACGACGAGUGCACCACAAAUAAUGAAGAAUUCAGACAAGAAUGGUUGCAGAUGAAGGAUAUGUAUGAAAAUCUUAGCCGCGAUAUAGAUGUGGACCCAAAAUCGAUUCCAAACUUACAUGAAAGUGACUUUGCAAUUUUCUCAAAUACAACUCGGACAGAUCAUCCCGCUAUUAUCAAGGCUAUAUGGGAGAACAAGGAAAUGGUUGAAAAUGGAGUGCCACAUUUAAUCUACAUAUCUAGAGAGAAGAGGCCAAAGCAACCGCAUCAUUACAAAGCCGGUGCAAUGAAUGUCUUGACAAGAGUCUCAGGCUUGAUUACCAAUGCACCCUUCAUGUUAAACCUUGAUUGUGACAUGAUUGUAAACAAUCCAAAGAUUGUUCAACAUGCAAUGUGCAUUUUUCUUGGCUCAAGAGGAGAAAAAGAGGUUGCUUUUGUUCAAUGUCCUCAACGAUUCUACACUUCACUCAAAGAUGAUCCUUUUGGGAAUCAGAUGACCAUGACAUAUACGUUUAUUCUUGGAGCUGGAUUAGCAGGACUCCAAGGACCUUUAUACUGUGGAACAAACUGUUUUCAUAGAAGAAAAGUUAUAUACGGUCUUUCUCCCGAUGAUGUGGAAAAUGUUUUAUCCAUAGGGUCAAACAAAUUAUCAGAGGAGGAAUUAAAACAAACAUUCGGGGCUUCCAAUGAUCUUAUGAAAUCAAUUAUUCAUGCUUUGGAAGAGAGGACUUAUUCAACUAAUGACAUUAAUGUUAAGAAAACAAUUGAAAAAGCUACUCAAGUUGCUUGUCAUGGAUAUGAAUAUGGAACUUUCUGGGGUAAACAGGUUGGUUGGAUAUAUGAAUCAAUAGUAGAAGAUAUCGUAACUGGAUUGCUAAUGCACGCAAGAGGUUGGAGAUCAGAAUUAUGUACACCAAAUCCAAUUGCUUUCGUAGGUUGUGCUCCAGGUGAUAACCUAGCAACUAUGUCACAAUUUAAAAGAUGGGCCACAGGAAUGCUUGAAAUCUUCUUUUGCAAGCAUUGUCCUAUUUUUGCAACCAUUUUUGCUAAACUUUCUUUUAGAGAAUUCUUGGGUUAUAUGUGGAUCAUUAAUUGGGGCUUCAACCCAUUUGCUCAAGUAUGCUACUCUUGUGUCAUUGCUUAUUGCAUCAUUACUAACUCCUAUUUCUUGCCAAAGGAUUGGGGCAUAUAUAUUCCUAUACUAUUGGUUAUUUUUUACAAUGUAUAUACUUUAUAUGAGUAUUUGGCUUUAGGUUUGUCAACUAAAGCAUGGUGGAACAAUGAAAGAAUGUCAAAAAUAACACCCAUGAAUGCUGGAUUUUGUGGUUUUAUUACUAUGUUACUAAAAUUAUUGGGAGUAUCCAGCACUGUUUUUGAAAUAACAAAGAAAGAUAUUGCCCCGUUUAGCGAAGACGAUAAGAAUGCCACUAGAUACACCUUCGACAAGUCGUUAGUUUUUUUGCCGGGAACUACUGUCUUGUUGUUGCAAUUGACAGCAAUAUUGAUCAAGAUGUCGGGGUUUCAAAAACAAGGAUUAAGCGGGAAUUAUGAGUGUGGAAUGGUUGAAAUGUUAUGUAGUGUGUAUUUGAUCAUAUGUUACUGGCCAUUUCUUAAAGGAUUGUUUGAGACAGGAAAAUAUGGGAUUCCUUUGUCUACAAUAUCCAAAGGAGGAAUUUUGACAUGUUUGUUUGUCAUUCUAUGUCGAAGGACAGUUUCUGGUUGAUAUGUGCUAUUUAGGAUAUAAAUGUCUUCAUCAUGUGUCACAAUAUUUGUUUAGAGAUUUCUUUACGUAUAAUAAAUUAUUGAAUGCUAGUAAUAAUCUACAACUUUUUUUACCAGAA